CUACUUCACACUUUAUUCUCAUUUCUCCAUAUCUCUCUCUCUCUCUCUUUCGCUCUCUCAAUCUCCUCUGUUUUUAGUUAUUAGAGGAAUUAGAAAACAGAGAAUAUGACGGUGCUUGUGGAGGUUAGAGAAUACGACCCAAGUAAAGACUUAGCCACUGUAGAAGAUGUUGAACGGCGGUGCGAAGUUGGCCCAGCCGGAAAACUUUCUCUCUUCACCGAUCUCUUAGGUGACCCUAUUUGCCGUGUCCGACAUUCACCUUCUUACCUCAUGCUGGUGGCUGAGAUUGGUCCGAAAGAGAAGAAAGAGUUAGUUGGAAUGAUUCGGGGAUGUAUCAAAACCGUUACAUGUGGUAUCACCACCAAAAGACUUGAUUUAACUCAUAACAAAUCCCAAAACGAUGUCGUUAUUACCAAACCACUUUACACUAAACUCGCUUACAUUUUGGGUCUCCGCGUUUCUCCUACACACCGGUACGUUUUAAUUAAAUCUCACGCAUUUAACGCUAAACCAAUCACGAGUAAUUAACGCUUAAACUAAUCACGUUUUUUUUUAAUUAAUUACUUCAGGAGACAAGGGAUAGGGUUUAAGCUCGUGAAGGCUAUGGAAGAUUGGUUUAGUCAAAACGGGGCUGAAUAUUCCUAUUUUGCAACUGAAAACGACAAUCACGCUUCCGUCAAUCUUUUCACCGGAAAAUGUGGUUACGCCGAGUUUCGUACACCGUCUAUUUUGGUUAACCCGGUUUACGCACACCGGGUCAACAUUUCUCGUCGGGUUACCGUAAUUAAGCUUGAACCGUCUGAUGCUGAGUUACUAUACCGGCUUCGGUUUAGCACAACCGAGUUUUUCCCUCGCGACAUUGACUCUGUUUUGAAUAACAAACUCUCGUUAGGAACAUUCGUCGCGGUUCCACGUGGCAGUUGUUACGGAUCCGGGUCUAGGUCAUGGCCCGGUUCGGCUAAGUUCUUGGAGUAUCCACCGGACUCGUGGGCGGUUUUAAGCGUGUGGAAUUGUAAAGACUCGUUUAGAUUAGAAGUUCGCGGCGCGUCGAGAUUGAGGCGCGUGGUUUCAAAAGCGACGCGCAUGGUUGAUAAAACUCUACCGUUUUUGAAAAUACCGUCGAUCCCGGCGGUUUUCCGGCCGUUUGGGCUGCAUUUUAUGUACGGAAUCGGCGGAGAAGGACCACGCGCGGAGAAAAUGGUGAAGGCAUUGUGUGACCAUGCACAUAAUUUGGCAAAGGAAGGAGGAUGCGGCGUGGUGGCGGCAGAAGUCGCCGGCGAAGAGCCGCUCCGGCGAGGGAUACCGCAUUGGAAAGUGCUAUCGUGCGCUGAGGAUUUGUGGUGUAUUAAACGGCUUGGAGAAGAUUAUAGUGAUGGUUCUGUUGGUGAUUGGACUAAAUCGCCACCUGGCGAUUCUAUUUUUGUUGACCCUAGAGAAUUUUAGUUUUAUAACUCAAAAUGACAUAAUUAAUUUAUAUUUAAGGAAAGGAAUAUUAUUCAACUUUCUCUAUC